AGUCCGCAGCCAUCUGUUUCAGGGACGCCCGCCGCGUCAACGCCCCGCCGCCAGGCGAGGACUGCUCGCCGCAGCCUCGCGGCCAUGAGCUCCAGAGGGGCCGCCGCGCCCAUGCUGGAGAUGCCGCCUCAAGAGCAGCACAUGGCCCCCCUGACGGCCGUCCCCUACCACUCGCAGCAGGUGGACCCCGUGGCGAGCAUGGGGAGCGCGCCCAGCCUCAGCCAGGCGCUAUGCUGCCUGUGUUGCUGGAACCCUCUCACCUGCGCGGGGGGCUGUGUCAAGGUGGACCAGAACGAGAGCAAGGCAGUGAUGUAUUGGGGGAGGUACUCGGGAACGUUGUCAGAACCAGGCAUGCACUUCCUCAACCCUUGGGGGAUACAAUUGCGGUCUGUGAGCACGAAGUGCAACACCAUGGAGCUUAAGGACAUCAAGGUCGUGGAUCAGAGGGGCAACCCCGUGAUCAUCAGCGGCGUCAUCACAUACAGGAACACUUCGGCGUUCAAGGCGUGCGUGGAAGUGGAGAACCCCUUUCAGUUCAUCAUGCAGCAGGGGACCACCGUCCUCAAGCAGGUGGCCAGCCGCUACCCGUACGGCGCGAACCCCGGCCAGCCCAGCCUCCAGUCCGAGUGCGCCGGCAUCUCCUCAGAGUUGGUGCGCGCGCUCCAGGAGAAGACCGCCGUCGCGGGCACGCAGGUCCUGAGCUUCGAGCUGGUCGACCUGGCCUACGCUCCAGAGAUCGCCCAGGCCAUGCUCGUCAAGCAGCAGGCCGAGGCCCUGGUCGACGCACGCCGCCUUAUCGUCGGCGCGGCCGUUGACAUGGCGCAGACCGCGGUGGCCAACCUCGAGUCUGGGGGCGCAAGCCUCAGCACCGAGGCGAAGGAGCGCAUCACGACCACGCUGCUGGCGGUGAUCUGCUCGCACAGCCCCGCGACGCCCACGGUGCCCCUGUCGGGUUGAGCCGCGGGCUCGGCGCCCGAUGUCUAGCCGCCUUCGGCCCACCCCGCCACCGCACGUGGGUCGGGGACAAACCCCUUGAGGGCCUCUUGGGAUCUCUCGGGAGCCAUUUUUGCGGGCCCCUUGGAGGCCUCUCGGGGGGCCGAGGACGCUACGCUCGAUGCUUGUGGCACAGUGGCGGAUUCGACGAGUCACGGCGGUAACAGAUCCGAGGCGACAGAUCGGCAUGUUCCAAAAGUUCCCCACGCGACAGGGCGGGCGCCUGGUUUCUCUAAGAAGCCUGCACAGGGCGCCCUCUUUGAAGGCCAGCCACGUGAGGGCGUGGCCGGACCCAAGCCUGUGUUCCGACGCAGCCCCAGGGCUUAGCAUUCGUGGUGCUACGGCGGCCGAGGGCAAA